AUGUCUCAGCCGCGCAACCCACGGAACAUAUCUCUCGAAAGACAGCUGCACCAGACUCCACAAGCGCCUCUCUUCUGGCUUCAUUCCCUCAUGGGCGCCGCUAACAUCUUCACCAGCCUAAUACACGUUGCCGGCUGGGCACAGCCUCCAACACGCCCGUAUAGUGGCCAUUUCCGCUCCAUGUCCACUGCCGCCGUAUCGACCUCCGCGCCUUCUACCGAUUCCCCUCUUGCAUCAUCAGAUGACAGCCUCGACGUACCACGUCGGCGUCUCCCCGUCAAAGCGCCCUCGACAUCGGCGCUGCGAUCCACGCACAACUACUUUGACGACAUGAGCACAAUACCCGACCCACGAAGCCGCGCUAUGACGCCUGUCAUUGACGGGGAACCAGCUACCCCGAACCGCGAGCCCAAUAUCAACGAAGAGGUCACCGCGCUCAGCACAAAGCUGAUAAACGCGAUCAACCACCAGACGACGCUUGACGAUCGGCUAUCCUCAACGAGGCACGAACUGGAGGCUGCCACCGACCGCAUUAAGGAUUUGGAGGCACAGAACGCUUCGCACCGCGAAGUUCUGGCCGGCGAUGUCUGGGUUCGCCGUAGCGCUGCCGACCUGGAGAAGAAGGCGUUACAUGCACAAGUCGCCGAAGAACGAGCGCAACGGCUGGAGAUGGAGCGGUCCAAGAAGAAGAUUGAGCAAGAGCUGGAGAAUUUGACAGCGGCCCUGUUUGAGGAGGCAAACAAAAUGGUGAUCCGUGCAAAGGAAGAGGCGCAACGGGACCACGAUGCCCUGCAGAAAAAAAACGACCAGCUGAAGGCCCAAUUGGCAGAUUCGGAAGGGUUGCUCAAGUCGCAACAGGAUCAGCUCACCGAGUUGAAGGUGGUCAUGGAGACAAUGACAUCGGACCGAGACGACCAGACGAACACGAACACGGCUCCCUCGUCGCCCGCCGUCGCGAGGUUCGAUGUACGCGACGACGACGGCCAGGGCGGUGAUUUGUCCACUGCUUCUCCGAACACGGAUGGCGUCUUGCCGACACACCCCAUGAGCUUCAGCCAUCUUAUCCAGCCAGUCCUCAGGACAGACGUCAUCGCAUACGACGAUUUUGUGAGCCUUGCGAAGCUUUCCAGGAAGGCGACGGGCAGUAGAGUCUCGUCUGGUUCUUUGGGUGGACUGAACCUGCCGUCGCUUGGACUUGGCAGCAAUUCUGCGAAUGCGCAGCCUACCAACGGCUCUACAACCACCACAUUCAGCAUGGCAGCUGGGAAUUAUGUCAACAGUGCGCCGCAGUCCCCCAAUACGCCCGCUUCGACCUUUAGCAGUGGGUCACCUACGGCGCCCGUUGUGAACCUGCGAGACACCAAGUUCUUCAAGCGUGCGCUGGCCGAGGACAUCGAACCUACCUUGCGGCUGGAUGCUGCCCCUGGCUUGUCAUGGUUGGCACGCCGAUCUGUGAUUAGCGCAAUUGCCGACGGCUCACUCGUCGUGGACCCUGUCACCACGCAUGCGGGCAAUUCAUUCUUGAUGAGCAUCACCAAACCCCAGUUUAACCCUUGCUCGCUGUGCGGGGAGUCGAGGAAAGAUCCUCGCUACCUUCGCAAUCACCGCUUCCGGACCAGCGAGCAAGAUUCAGCGCAACGAUAUCCAUUAUGCCGGUACUGCCUGCAUCGAGUGCGAUCAACAUGCGACUUUCUCAGCUUCCUGCGCAUGGUCAAGGACGGUCAUUGGAGGGCGGACGACGUCGAUCAGGAGAAGGCGGCCUGGGAGGAGAGUGUUCGCUUGAGAGAGCAAAUGUUCUGGGCAAGGAUUGGUGGCGGGGUCGUCCCUUGCGGACAGAACGUGCUAGGCCUUGACGCCGAGAAGAGUCCGAGGCCGAGUCAUGAACAGGCUCCUACGGUUGAGCCAGCUUCAGCCAGCCCAGGCAAAGUUGAGGACGAGAAGCUACAUACCAGUACUGAGACGACCGACAUAGCUGCAGAGGCCGAGGCUCCUCCGGCCACAGAGAAGGACUGUCCCCAGGCUUCUCUGCCAUCAACGCCCCCUCAACAAGCUGCUCAGCCUGAAGACACAUUCGUCGACGCCGCAGAACGGCCUUCAGAUAAUCUGCCGCAGGCCACUGAGGAACCUUCCGAGGAAGCGUCAACCGACAGCGUCAACCGACAGCGUCAAGCGGGAAUGAAUCGACAACUAGGUAAAAGCGACUAG